ACAGCGCAUGAGCCGGGAGAGGGAGGCGGCCGCAGCUAUGCUAACAGGCUAAAUAGCUAGCUUCCUCAGGUUUAAAUGCUAAACGUGUACAAUGAUCUUCUGCGUGGUAGACAUGUACUUCAGAGGCCCGUCGUCCGACCCAGGAACGCUUACUGUGAGCCACUAAACGCUUAUUUAGAAGCUCGGUGUUAGCUCGGUGUUAGCUCGGUGCUAGCUUGGUGCUAGCUCAGAUGACGUCACUGAGCAGGGAGCUAAUUACCGGAAGUAACCCGGUCCUCUCCAUCAACGGCCUGGUCCGGACUCUGGGACGGGAUGCAGCGGACCGGAGGGCCCGUAACGGACCGUAAGGGACCGUAGCGAACCCGUAGCGGACCCGGAGGGGCCCGUUAAACCUGUACACAGUUCUGUGUGUGCGUGCAGGAUGGACGCGUGCAGCGGGAACCCGAACCGCACGGCGCCAGUGGCCGACGGGCCGCACCGAGCCGACGCCCCCCUGUGCUCCAGGACCAAUGGGUGGAGCUGGCCCCCCCACCCCUUCCAGCUGCUGGCCUGGCUGCUCUACGUCUACUUCGCCGUCACCGGCUUCGGCGUGUUCGUCCCCCUGCUGCCGGCUCACUGGAUCCCUGCAGGCUACAUCUGUACGGGGGUCAUGUUCACCUGUCACCUGUGUGUGCACGUGAUGGCCGUGAGCGUCGACCCGGCCGACCACAACGUCAGAAACAAGAGCGACAAAGGUCCGAUCCCCGAGUUCGACCGCUCCAAACACGCCCACGUCAUCGAGAACUGCCACUGCUUCCUGUGCCAGGUGGACGUAGGUCCCAAGUCCAAGCACUGCAGCGCCUGCAACAAGUGUGUCUCUAACUUCGACCACCACUGUCGCUGGCUCAACAACUGUGUGGGCAGCAGGAACUACAAGUUGUUCCUCCACAGUGUGGUCUCGGCGCUGUUGGGGGUCUCUCUGAUUCUGGUCGUAGCCUCCUACGUCUUCAUUGAGUUUUUUCUAGACCCAUCCAAACUCCGCUCUGACAAACACUUCCUGGUGAGGAAUGAGACCGCGCUGUGGUUCGUCUUCCUGCCCGUGGCCCCCGUACCGUCUUCAGCAGCAGUAAUUCCCGGUCUGGCUGCCGUCACCAUCGCUCUGGGUCUGCUGUCCUCGGUGCUGCUCUGCCACCUGCUGUGCUUCCACCUCUACCUGAUGUGGAACAGACUCAGCACCUUUGAGUACAUUGUGCGUCAGCGUCACCGCCAGGACGGCAGAGACUCCAGAAAACCAGGACCAGGACCCUUGAAGGAGCCGACGGCUCCACCGUCGGCCCUCCUCAUCCAGGACGGGAACUACGCGGGGCCUCUGGGCUACACCAACCCUCAGCUGGCGGUGGAGGAGCCCACCACUGUGUCUGUGUCGGGGGGGGCAGAGUUCCUGUCUAACGGCAGAGUGAGGACCGUGUCCAGUCCUGUUAUGGAGGAAGAAGCUCCGCCCACAACGUCUACUGAGCUGAAAGCAACAGAACACACACACCGACGCACACAGAAAAGGAAGAAGGUCCGUAAAGUUCCAGUAGAGGUCACCAGAGGGCGCUGCCCGGGUUCAGCCCUCCUCCCCGCAGAGUCCAGCAGUGUGUCUCUGGGUCAGCGGCUGCCUUUCCCAGCAUUCCCUCUGAGGGCGUCGCUGCUCCCCCUGGCUCCGCCCCCGGGCCCCGUCCAGGCCGCCGCCCCUCCGGCCGAGUACCACUCGGACUCUGCAGAGUCCCUGGAGGAGAUCCCUGUGGCGUUGGCCAAGCUGGGCUCCUCAUCCUCGGCUGCUGCCGGAGACGCCUCCUCUCACAGGGGGGUCCCGGCGUUCCCCCUCCCCUCCCCCCAGCCCAGGACUAAGAGGAAGGCCGCCCCCUCCCGCCCAAAUAAGGGCGCCUCUGAGCUGCGGUUCGAGAUGGCCUCCGCCCGGCCGCCCGUGGUGUUCGUCAGCCGGGCGAGCGGAGAGGCCGCCGAGCCCUGGGAGGAAGGCCUCGGUCUGGGCAGGAGGCUGACCGGCUCCAGGCCCCCCGGGGCCAGGCCGGGGCCCGGACCCGGGUCCAGACCGGCGUCUCGGGGGUCACUGGGCUCGGCUGCAGCGUCUCGGGCGGAGCAGUGAGGGAACUAUCGGUGCCAUCUUUCUGCCACGCACAACAAUCUUUGUUUACUUCUAAAGACUCGUUUUUGUACCUCUGUAUUUAUUGUUUUUGACGAUGACUUUUUAAUCCUCAGUGCUCGAUGUGUACGAAGAGACCCGGAAACCUUCACUCUAAAACCAUGACAUCACUUCCUGUCCAGCUCAACAACCACAAACACGCUGCUAAAGUUUUUACACAUGACACAGUUUAAAUGAUUAAACUCACUAGUUUCACACGUGAACAGUUGAUCUGUUCAGUUAUUUUAAUGUUCUUACUUCACUACGUGCCACCGUGUUUGUUUCCUCUCAUUUGACCGGUUUGACAAUAAAAGACUGAAAACAC